AUAGACAAAUGUAAUUUUAAUUAUGUAAAAGAAAUAUGAUAUUUCUUUUACAUAAUAAAAACAAACACCUGUCAUCAUUAACUGCAGUUAAUCAGACUGCAUUUAUUGAUCAUACAAUCUUGCUACCUCUUUAAAUCUCCCUUCUGAUUAAAAAAAGAUCCUCGUAGCAGCCAAUCAUAACGUCCUGAGCCCCGGGAACAGACUCAUAUCAGACAGCGUCACUGCACUGACCCCUUCUUCUCUCCAGGAUGCUCCUCUUUCUCGGCCUCUUCUUCUCUGCGGGCUUUUCCAUGGAGAUGAACCAGACCUCCAAGCUGCUGGGAGCGGAGAGCGGGGAGCAGUGCUCGGCCUGUGACUUCCGGGAGCACAGCAAGCAGAUGCGCCUCCACAGCAUCAAGUCCCAGAUCCUCAGCAUCCUGCGGCUCGAACAGGCUCCCAACAUCAGCCGGGACAUGAUCCGCCAGCUGCUGCCCAAAGCGCCUCCUCUGACGCAGCUCCUGGACCAGUACGACCCGCGGGUGGAGGAGGAGGACCACGCCACGACGGAGACCAUCAUCACCAUGGCCACCAAGCCUAAUCCAAUCGCCCAGGAUGAGUUUGCCUCCUGUUGUUUGUUCAGCCUAAGUCCGAAGAUUCAACCCAAAAACAUCCUGCGCGCUCAGCUGUGGGUUCACCUGCGGCCGGCCGACAUGGUCACCACCGUCUUCCUGCAGAUCUCCCGCGUCAAACCCGGUAAGGAGGGAAACAACACCCGAGUCAGAGUUCGCUCCUUGAAGAUCGACACCGAUGUCGGUGCUAGCUCUUGGCAGAGCAUCGACAUCAAGCCUCUGCUGCAGGCUUGGCUGCGUCAACCAGAGACCAACUACGGCAUCGAGAUCAACGCCUACGACUCCAAUGGAGCAGAUCUGGCUGUCACCUCAGCAGAGCCUGGAGAGGAAGGACUGCAACCGUUCAUUGAAGUGAAGAUCCUCGACCGCCCCAAGAGAUCCCGCCGUGACUCGGGCCUCAACUGCGACGAAGAGUCUGCAGAGACCCGUUGCUGCCGCUACCCGCUCACCGUCGACUUUGAGGAGUUCGGCUGGGACUGGAUCAUCGCUCCCAAACGUUAUCGGGCCAACUAUUGCUCGGGCGAGUGCGAGUUCAUGCACCUGCAGCAGUACCCGCAUGCACACCUGGUGAACAAGGCCAACCCACGGGGCACCGCGGGGCCCUGCUGCACGCCUACCAAGAUGUCGCCCAUCAACAUGCUCUACUUCAACCGCAAGGAGCAGAUCAUCUAUGGAAAGAUACCGUCCAUGGUGGUCGACCACUGCGGCUGCUCCUGAAGAAACCAUUUGCAGACUCAAUCAUAGAAGCUUUGUAUUCAGCAAAUGCGAUGCAAAAUUCUUUGAUUUGUUAAAACCCAGUAACAUAGGGGAGCAAUGCAAGUAUUUUUGAGGGCGACCCUAAAGUUGUUUUUAUUCAUACUUUGUGCUUUUAUCCAAAUAAAAGAAAUAUCACAAAAAAACCUUAGAUAUUAGACCAAACAUGAUAGAAACCAACCAACUAAAGGUCAUAAAAGCACAACAGAGACGACAGAAAUUCUUAAAUAAUCUAAACUUUACAAAAAAUGCAAUAAUAAAAGUCUUGUAUCUUCAUCUUCGAUAAUGUGAAGGAGGGAUUUAGAUAAAAUCCAACAGAUUUCACUGGAUCACUCAAAGUGGGCACAGGACUCAUCCACAUAGUUAGAUCAGGAGGCGGAUACGGGUGAAACUGAUGAUAUUACACAGCUGAAGGCACUUUCAACAUUUUCUUUAGCUCAUAAUUUUAUGCAGUUGGGAAGCAAUAAUAUAUUGAUUUGCAUGGCCUAACCCUAACCUUACUUCCAUGGAUCAAAAACCUCAAGAAACAAGACUUGAAAGGCAGGUUCUCGACUGGUAAAAGGUUUUCAUUAAUCCAGAAUGUUUUUAACUUACAUUGUGAAGUCAAAUGUAUCUGAAAUAUAUUCAACAUUUGGGCUUUUUUAUUAAAAAAAUGUAACAUAACGUAAAUAUUCUUAGAAUAAACAGAACACAAACAAAUUGAGUAAACUUUACUAGAUCCCAUAAGGAGGCUCCACACUCCAACACUGCAAGUCGCUGACCCUUUACAUUGCACUUAUGUAAUUAAAUUACAGGGAAAAUGUAAUGUAAUGUAAUUGAAAUACUUAAAGUCAAACUUUGAAGGAUAAAUAUUUUUUUGAGUGUAUGCACAUUGCACACACCUAUAUAGAGACGUAUCACCAAGGUGCAGUUCAAACUAUGAACAGUGGGGGCAGUGUAUCAAGAUGACAAGUAAGGUUUGCAGCAGACUGUAAAACAAACAACAGUGGAAAGUUUGGAAGAGACACAAUUUUGUUUUAGACCCCUUUUUCUUCCCAAUAUGCAGGCAGUAUGUGAAUAAAGCAGUGUUUAUGUACGCAUACGUGUUGCUCAAAAGCAAGUAUAUCAUGAAUUCAUUUAUUUAAAAAAAACUAAAUAUAAAAGUGUAAAUAGAAAGAUAGAUAGACUCCUGCUGUUCAUGUCUCCUGUUAUGAAAAUGUGUCCUGAUUUGAGCCUUGACCAGAACAUACCCUGCAGGACAUCUUCCAUGUGCGCCUUUAUUUUGAAAAACAUGAACCUACUGACUGUGAGCUGACAGAUCGUCCUUCCCUGUCCCAAAGCUUGUUUGCAAACUCCUUGCUGUGAUCUGUUUUCAAGAAAAUCCCACUGAUGUGAGGGAGAAAGAUACUUUUUUUAAGCACGUUAUUGCAGGUGUGUUGUGAUUUUAUUUUAUUCUGUAAAUUGUGUGUUCUUUGAGGUGUAUUGUGUGGUAUGUUGUAAACAGGGUUAGGGUUAGGGUUUCAGUUUGUCAGCAAUGUUUUAACUCUGAUGGCUGCCAUGUCUUUCCUUAUGGUGUUAUGACUUCAUAUAGUCAGUUGUUGGAGCCAGAAAAUGCUCAUUUUGAGUGAAUUGAUUGAGCUGAGUUGACCUGUCAAUCAAGACAAACCUUCAAUCAAAUCUUAAAAGUACCCCUGUGAGUCAGGUUAUCCUAUCCUUAAGGCCUAAAGGCUGAAUGCAUUUGCAGCGUGAAGAUUUUCAAACCUGCAGGCAGUUGCACAAAACACCUUAAGUUUGCAAUGUUUAAGGCUUAAUGUCUCCUUACCUGAAGGACUUACUUAAGGGGUUUACUGCAAUGAUUUUACAGUAGUAAAAUUACAGUUUCCAUGGAGACCAGUUGUUGGCUUGCUCUCUCGCUUGAUACCUGGUGAAGAGGUCCAUCCAAAAGGUUAAAAAGAAAUUAUAAAAUAAAUAUUGCACCUUGUGUGUUCUGGCCAAAAAAGAGCGAUCACUAGUUAAAGGAAGGAAUACAACAAAUCUGGUAUAAAUAACUUCAAGGUUUAACUGGAUUUACAGUUUACUUUAAAUCAGUGGCUCUCAACCUUUUUCCUUAAGGCACCCCUUUUCUAUCAUUGUGUAAACUGACGACUCCAAACUAAAUCACAUAUUUUAUAUAUAUUUCACAUAUUUAAUGCAAAACAAUAACAGUAGAGACUAAAUGAUAGACUGUAAAUAGUGCAGGAAGUUUGUGUAAAAUUAGCAAUUUGGAUGAAUUUUGAGCAUCUACUGUGAAUAUUGAUCAGAAAUGAGUUGAAACGUUUUAUACAAUUCUUUGUCUGUAUUAUGUAUUUUAAAACAUUUUAAUCAUACAAACUUAAUAGGCUUCUUCUUUGACAAGUUCAGUGUUUUCUUCUGCCUGACACUUCGAACUGCUUAGUUACUUUUACUGCGGGACGAUUAGAUAUCGGCCUACUGUCUAUAUUUUCAAGGUUUUCUUACACACCCUAAAAUAAAGAAAGCCUUGCAACCCCCCUUGAAGCUUUGGCAACCCCUAGUGGGGAUCCUGACCCCCGGGUUGGGUUAGAUUAGCUACUAUAUGAAUGACUUAUGAAGAAAUCCCUGCACAGAAGUCGUCAUAAUAAAGAUGACAAGGUUUAACGAAAUUUAAGGAUUUCCUUAAAGUAGUAUAACCUUACUACCUUAAACCUUAAAUACUUCAUUUAAACAUUUGAAGGAACCCUUAAGGAGAAGACUUAUGGUGUUUUGUGCAACAGGUCCACAGAACAAUAUUUUCCUUCUUAUGACUUCUUCUUCCUCUCUGGAAUUAUGCAAUUUCUCUUUGUUUUGUAGUUUACAACUUUGACUGCAGCAGGGUGGGAAGUUAAACCACUGAAGGUCAGAAAAACAAGAUUUUAGGAGCUGUUAAGUUAAACUCUGGCACAAGACAAAAAUAAACACAUAUGCAUCAUUGUGCACAUUAGCUGAGCAUUAGCUACAAACCUGCUCGUCAACCACAGGGAAUCUUUUUAUCCUCUUAUGGACAUAUUUUCCUUGUUUUCCUGUUAUGCUCAGAGCUAGUGGAUUAGAAGGACUGCAGCUGAAGGUGAGGAACUGUGAUCUCAGAGGGAGGUUUGAUCUCAAUUUGAAGCAGAGUGCAGAUGUCCUGACUGUUGUUAUACUUCACGGGGGUUUCUGACCCAAAAGUUUUGUUCUGCUGUUGGAACAGAACGUCCUCGAGUGGCACAGAUUAACGUUUGUGAUUCUGCAGAGAACAAAAUGUCUUGUCAGAUCACUGAGCGAUUUUAUCAUUUUUAUUUUUGUUAUCUCUACAAGACUUUUCUUUAGGUAAGACAGAAUAAUCUACUAGAGGAACUGCAAGAUUUGCAUUGCAAUAAAGAAGAAUUAUUCCAUUUCAUGAGAUUUUAAAUUUUAAAUAAAAGUUCCUUUAAAGAAAGAUAUUUAAAGAAGAGGAUUGGGAUGAAUAUUUAUUUUAUCCUGCUUUCCUUAUGGCUGAGACUGAAGCAGAAAGUUUGCCAUGUUUGUUGCUAUUUAUGUCUAAAUAUACUCAUAAUGUGCUGUAUGUGUAUAAGUAUACAAACACAUACAACAUAAGUAAGCCAAACAUCAGGUCAUGUUUCUGCAUUUGUGGUCAGUUGAAGUUCAGAAUCUGCAUCAAUGAGCUACUGUCUGUGAUCAGAGGCAAUAAGUGAGCACACUGAUAAUCACUUCAAAUUGUUCUGUAAAAUGUUCAGCUCUAAGAUUAUCUUCAAUGCACAUUUGUGUUUGAAAGUACUAACAGUUUUUUGCCGACAUGAACUGAAACCAGUGAUUUUAUGAAUUGGAAAAUGGUAACCAGUAAUGUAAAGUAUAUUCAUGCUGGUAUAAAGUAUUAUUUUAAACACAAUGGUGGUCCUUUUAAAGCAGAUCUUUUUGUCCCUGGUUAAAUCUGCUUCACACAGGAGUUGUAAAGAGUCAAACUGGGGUUUCUGGGUGAUCAAGUCUUUCAAGUAUGUAUUCUAAAAACUAUUUAUUUCAUCCACCAGGUGGCACCAAUGUGCACUGUUUCCAAAUUGAGGUAUGAACAUAAGAUUUUUAAAUGUGGUCUGCCACCAGUGUGCUUUAGAGAUUUGUAUCUGUCAAAAUAAAUGUUUACUCUUG